AUGGGAACAAAGGUUGAGCGAGACCAGACUGAGCUGUACUCAUCUCACGAGUUUGCGCCUAUGCUACUUCGUGUCUUUGGAUUAAAAAAAACCGACUUUAUGGGGAAGCUCGGGUCAAAGAAGAUUCAGGACCCACAGAAGAAGGGAGGAAAAGAAGAUGGUACCAGGGCCAUGGCUCAGUGUGUUCUGGAGGUCGAAUACCGUUAUUUUGGGCCGCGCAACGCCCCCAAAUUUGACCCAAGUCUCCCAGAUCUUCUCCCAUCUCUACCUUAA